AUGAAGCCAAAACAAUUUACAGCAAGUAUUUUGCUGUUUGCAUUAAUCGUUAUAGCACCGAUAAUUGGACAUAUGUUCUAUCCAAAGCAUAAAAUCACCAAACGUUAUCAUCUCAUGACAUUGAAAACUGUGAAUUGGUUCAAAGCAUCCUCGCAUUGUCGUUCCCUUGGCAUUUGUCUGUCUAGAUCAAAAGAAGAAAACGACCAAAUUUUACAGCAAAUUAAAGACGAAGGUUACGAAGAAAGCCACUUUUGGACAUCGGGCACAAAAUUAAGCGAUGAUGUUACGUGCGAAUGGAUGAGCACCGGCAAAAAAUUCACAUUUUUUAAUUGGUCACCUGGUCAACCAGAAAAUUAUAAACAGGAGGAGGCUUGUAUACAUAUUAUUGGCAACAUUUGGGGAUCACAAAAUGCUCAAAAAUGGAAUGAUGCUCCGUGUAGUUCUCUUUUGAAUUUUAUUUGUGAACAAAAUUUAAUUGAAUACGAAUAUUGUACGAAUCCAUGA